CCUGCUGUCAGUCCUGAGUCCGGUCGGCGGUCAUAGUUUUAUUCCUUGACGAAAGUUGUCUAACUGUAUUUUGAGUGUUAUUUAUUUACUUAAUAUAUUAUAAUAUACUUACAAUUGACUUGACAAAAUGACUUCCACAAAUUUUAAUGUUGGUAUUGGUGACAUCAGGAGAAACACUAGCAAGUACGUUUACGUCGAAUUACAUCUUUAAAUUUUUUUCUAUAAUAAUUAUGUUAUGUAGGUACCUAUAUUUCGUUUGAUGAUAGUUGGUACCUAUUUAUUAAAAACAAAAUUGGGUACUGUUGAAUUUGUUUUAGAAUAUAAUAUUUAUAAGAUUACCAUUAUUGUGGAUUGAAGGAGAUUUAUUUUAGUUUUUAGUUUUUACUAUAUGUUCAAUAGGUAGUUUAUACACACUAUUAGGGCGGUGUUUUCCCGCUAAAAGUAGAACAAAAGGUUUUUGCAAACCUUUUUUUGUUUAUUGUUCUUUGACUUGUUCUGAUAACGAAAUAAACUUAUACUCGUUACUAACAAUAAUAUUCUAUUCAAAUUAUCUCUACUGUUAAAAAUUUAAAUGUAUCUUUUGUAUAUUGUUAGGCAUUUACCUGUUAGGGUGGGUAAAUUUGUUUUUAAUAUGAUACACACACACAGAAACAAAUUUUGUAUGAAAACUUGUUUUUUUAUACUUAGAGUCAUAAAUUUAUCAUAUAGGUACUUGAUAAAUUAACCGAUAAAAAACCAUAUAUUUACCUAUAUGGUGGGUAUGUAAAUACCGGCAACUAUCCUAUGUAUUUAUUUUCGUAAUAUUUCUUUGAAAUAUGUUAUUGCUUAGUAUACUUACUACUUAGUUAUAAUAUAUUGGUAAUUUAUUUCAAAUUAAAUAGGUAUAUAUCAGUUUUACAAUAAGUUAAUAUAUGAGAUAUGCUAUAUUUAUUCUACUGUAUAUUAAUUGUUGGUGAGUUAAAUAAAAAAAUUUAAAUAAAUAUUUUGGUCAGAUUUAAUUUUUUAAAAUUAGUAUUCUAAAUGAAUUGAAAGUAGGUAUUAAGAUAAAAACAAAUGAGAAAGUAAUCAAAAGUCAAUAAUCUUUAAAUUUCUCUACUUUAUAUAAUGUAUACAUAUAUAGGUUUAAAAAAAGACUUAUUUUAAUCAGGUGUUAUUGAGUUCAAGAUCAUUGAAUAGGAAAAUUAAAUAGAAUAAUCUUUUUAAAGGUAUUGUUGGUUGCACGCCAGCGGUCAUUUUUCGUGUCCGCAACUACAAUACUUAAUUUAAUAAUUAUGAAUUUAUAAUUGUUUUGGAUUGCAGUGUAAAAUAUUUAUUAUAUCAUUAGAAAAUUUAAUUAAAUAUAAUAAAAGAUAUUAGUGACAGCAUUAAUUAUUAUUAGAUUUGUAAAUACAUACUUAAUUUAAUUGUCAUCAGAAAACGUUAUUAAUUAAUAAUUAUAUACCGGAGUGUAUAAUAUUUAUUGAAUAUUAGAAAUAGAAUAGAAAAUAAAUAAAAAUAUGAUAUACACUUAUGAGUAAUAUGUGAUUAAUAAUUGAUAAAAAAUAAUGUAGGUUAGUAGCUUAUAUUAGAUGCAUAGUAUUUGCAAUAUGUCUUUGUUUUCUGUUAUAAAAUAUUUGUCAAUUUGUCUAUUUCUAAUUAUGUACCUAAUAAAAUAUAAAUUGAACCAUUUUAUUUUUUGCAUUAGAAAUAUGAGGUAUUAAAUUUUAAUUCAUAACAAAACUUAGUAGGUAAUAUAGCCUACUAAUUGAAGAAAGACUAAUGAUAUUACAAGAUAAAUAUUUAUUCCUGUUUUUUUUUUUAUUUAUUUAUUUAUAAAUACCAGUUAAGAAAUAUGCUUGGAAUAGGUAUUUUAAACAACAUUUUUUAAAUGUAGACAUACCACAUAAGAAUUUUUAAUUGAAUAGUUCUUCAAGUAUUUUAGCAUUUUAAGAACUGUUUUAAAAGAAGUUUAUUUUUGAUACCUACAAAUAAAUAAACUCAUGUAAUCUCAUAGCCAGACAUUUAUUUUGGAGUAGGAUUAGUGGGUACUGGAUUUAAUAUCAUUAUUUUUGGAAGUGUUAAAAUAUACAUACUUGUUAUUCAAAUAUACACAUAUUUGUUUUCUUAGAGGCUUUCCUAUAAUAAAACUUAUAUAAUACCCACAAUCUAAUAUGGAUUUUAAAAAUAUAUAGUUACAAUGUAGAUCAUAUUUAUAUCAAAUUAUUUGAAUAAAAUUAAAAUAAAAAAAAAAACUCUUGUGGCUCUUAUUCAGAAGUAGGUAAUUAUCACAGUUUUACCUAGAUAAUGAUAAUAACAUUAGUUAUUGGUUAUUACUUAUUAUUGUGAAAUUUAUUCAAUUUAUUCAAAAAUAUUUAGAAAAGUUCUUGUUCUCAGUCUCGUUUCACACAGGACACCAUAAAGAUUCAUGAAUUCAAAACAAGUAUAACCAAACUUCGCUCUGAAUCGUUUAGCAUUAGUUUAUUAUUGCGUACAGAUAUAAAUUAAAUAUAACAUUACAUAUUCUACCUUUCCAACUAUUCACCUACAACAGUGGCACAUCCAUUCCCAAGCUUUUCUUUUUUUUUUUUUAUUGUUUUACACCUAUACAAUUAUACUAACUUAAAAAAUGUUGAUCCUUGAAUAUCAAAUUUCUAAUUUUAAUGAAAAAAAAUUGUUUAAAUCAUAUUUUAAACCAGCCAAUUUUUGACAGCUUAAUGAUAUCCGGUUUCAGUUAGUGUAAAAUGCGGUAUAGUAGGAACAAGUAUUAUAAAUAAUUAAUCCAAACAAAUAAAAUAAUAUUCAUUAUACAAUUAUUUUCGUGUAAUAAUAAACCGUAGCGAAAGAUAACGCUUUUUCUGUGCAUUACUAUUGCUUAUGCAUGCUGUGAGGAGAGAGUGUACGGUUUUAGAACACUGCAGCUGCUGUAUUCCUUAAUUUUACCAUAAACAUGAUUUCGUAGAAUCAUGGUUUCGGUAGUAAAAUAAUCUUCGAGGACUUGGAAUGAUUGGAACAAAUUUUUCAAUUUAGCGUUUUUGUUUUUUCAGUAAUCGUUUUAAAAAGUACAAAUUUCAAAUGCAAAGAAAAUCGACAUAAUAAAAAAUUUUAAAAUCUGUUUCAACAGUCUAAAUGGUCGGUUAUCAGCCAUAAACUCAGUUUAAGAAUUAGAUAAACGUCAUUCUUACAUUGGUGAAAAGAGCCCAAAAAGGUGCGUUCGCUUAGAACAAUAUGGUCCCCAACGCCGUUCGGUUUAGCGUUUGAUAGCGCUCGGUAAAUAAUAUCCAUGACGUCACUAAAUUUGAGCGCUACAUCAUCGAUCCGCGCUCACAAACGCUCACACGAAAUAUGCAAUGCAGCAAAUUCGUCAGCACUUUGUUGUGUUGGUCACGAAUUAAGAUUAUAUUUAAAAUUUUUAAUAUUCGUGGUAUAGGCUAACGGAAUAAAGCGUUUAUACUAUAACCUAACACUGGUAACAAAUAAUGGUAAGAACAAAACCUUAAUCUCGAAUAAAUAAAUCUAAAAUUUUAAAAUUAUUGUUAUUGAACUACUAUUUUUUUAUAAUUUUAGUUUUUUGAUUAUUCGGUAUAAUAGUUAGGCAACUAGGUUUUGUCAUAAUCAGUGUUGGAACAAUUAUUAUAAAUAAGAAUUCUAUGCUAGAAUUCAUAAUAUAAUAAUAAAAGGGAUUUUAAAAAAACCGUUCUGAACAAAGUUUGGUUGACCUUUAAAAUGCAAAUUUCUGUUUAUAAACAAUACCUAAAGUUAAAACCUGAGAUGAGAUUUGAGCUGUCCAUUGUUGAACCGAGAUAAAAUAGUUUCAACAUAAUUUUGUAUUCUAGAUAUUACAUUUAUUGGCAGUUACCCUGGAAUGUGGUGAAUAGAAACAGUUUUGAACUUUUAAAGCUUGUAGCAUCUUGAGUAUUUAACAUACAAUAAUGAUACCUUAAAAUAUGUGAGUACUUUGAUAUAGUACUAUAGACAACAUAUUAUAAUUUAUGUUUGAUUUUAUAUAUUUUAUUAAUUACCUUGCCUCUAUUCACCUGCCAAGAAGUGGGAUGAAAAGAAACAUGUUCACUAUUUUAUCAUUUUUUGACAUUUAUAUAUUAAUACAUAUUAUUACAAUAAUUACAUUUUUAAAAUUAUUUAUUAAAUAUUUAAGAUUUAAUUAGGUAUUACAGUUAGUUUUCUGUUUAGGUUUGUCAACAUUUAUACAAAUCUUAAAAAUCUAAAUUGAACUUUAAUAAGCCACGUUUAUAAACUGUUGGUUUGUCUAGCUUACCUAUAACUGUUACAUUCAAAAUCACAAUCGCCUUUUACAUUUGGAAAACAAUAAAUAAAUCCAUUGUCUUACCUAGUAGAUUUGCCUCUGGCAAUAUAUUUGUAUAUUUCGUAAAUUCGUUUUUAUAUACACCAAAAAGAUGGAUUUUUAUUAAAAAUUAAUAAAAUAAAAAUUCAUAAUAACAAAUUGUAGCAUUGAAGACCACAACGAAUAUAUAAAAACAAAAAAAUAUUCAAUCUUGUCAUUCGGAAAAAAAUAUUUGUAUUAUCAUGUAUUAAAACUAGUAUGAACCUUGGUCACAUAAUCGCGGUGUUAUCACUGUAUUUGUAAAUAAUACUAACCUUAUUAUAGGUUAGGUGUGAUGUUUAUAUUAACUUGGUAAUGGUAAAGAAAAUAGUGUCAUAAGCCAUUUCUCCUAAAAACCAUUAGACCAGAUAUAAUUUGAUCACUUUUUAGUUUUAUUCACCCCAUCCGACGGUACUAUUGGUACUGUAAGUUCAAAGUCAUGGAAUCCCCGAAAAAAAAAUCCCAAAGGCAAAUAGAUAUACUGUUAAAAUUAUAUGUAUAAAAAAAAAAAAAAAAUUGAAUAUAGUUUAAUCAUCAAUGGUUUGAAUGUAUAUUGUAUUGUGCACACAGUUGUCGAAAAUAAUAAUAAUUAAUAAUUUAAAAUAAAUAUAAUAUCGUAUGUAUUAAAACAUUUAUUUUUUCCUUUUGUGGAUUUAAUUAUAUCCAUAGUUGCACAGUCGCACAGUUCGAAAUUAUUCUAUAGGAACUGUAGAAGUACUAAUCGUAAUACCUAUGUAAGAAUUAAUACCGUGUAGUUAUCAAAUAAAUAUGUAUGUCUAAAUAAUUUUUAUUUAAUUUAUUUUCCUAAUUCUACAAUUUAUCGCUCUAAAUAAUUUUUAGAUUUUAGAUAUUUAACAACUAAAAUUAGUUAUGCCGGGCUUCCCUUGAGAGAGUAGAUAGUUACACAGUUAUAUUCAACAAAUUAUUUUUUUGGAAAUUUUGUUGUUUCAUUUGUAAUCUAUAGACUAUAAAACCACACGGAUGACAAUGAUUAGACGAUAAUUUAUACAUACAUGUAUAAAUAAAAUUGAAGUAGAUGUGUCUGUAAAUUCUUAAAAAUAUUCUUAUUUUUAAUAGGAUAGUUGUUAUUGGGGAUUUAUUUGCUGAGAUUUUUUUUUCGGAUUACCAAAGUCAUAGUCAUCAUCCUAACUUCCUUUUAACGAAGAAGAAAAUACAAUUUUGCCAACUAGUUAUAAAGCUAGUCAAACUAUUUUGCAUUGAAAUUGCCCAUAAAUAAUUAAGUACUUUAAUAAUGGUACUAUUAGGAGGUCAUUUUUAGAUUUUUCUAAGAGUUUUCUAAUGAAUGGGAAAAACAAGAAUAUGUAUGAAAUGUAUUACUGAAUAUUACAACUUUCUUUUAAAUGAUUUUGUGGUACCAUUAGUUUUUUCAUGAGACAAAAUUAUACAUGAAUAUUAUAUUUACAUGGCUUGGAUAUUUAUGAAAUUUCGUAAUUCGUUUUCUAUCCGUUCAGAUUAAUGUUUAUAGAUAGACAUUUAUUUUAUUCACGUAUUGGGUGUCAUAUACUGAACGAAAUACCAUUUUAAUUUGCAUAUUUUACGAAUUUGUGGAAUUCAGAUAACCUUUGUACCUAGUGAUUACUUUAAGAAUAAACAAUGGUUAGAGUUGAGUAUUGAAAAAUUUAUUUUGUUUUUCUUAUAGGUUAAUACAACCGAGGGCUAUAAAGCUUUUCAGUUUCUAUUAAAAUAGAUGGAUGUAUUCCAAUAAUUAAUUUUGUUUUUUAUGUGUUUUGUAGUUCAUAUUAUAAAAUAUUAUAGUUACUAAUAAAUAUAUACAUAGCAAUUGAAUUCACAGAAAUCUUGUAAAACGUAUUUAAAUAAUUCAAACAUGGUUAAAUCCUGAGUUACACUAGAAGUGAUGCUUAUGAUAUUUGAAGAACAAAAUUACUCCAUUCUUUAUCGUAGUAUAGUAUUUGAAAACUUUUAAAAUAACAUUAAAAUAUUAAUUGAUAAAAUUGUUUGGAUGAAAUUUUAUUGUCAAAUAAUGAUCAAAACCAAUCAAAAAUAAAACUGGUGGGUUAGACGGUUCCAAGAUCCUUCCUUUUAUUAAUAUAGAUUUGACUGAAAAAAUCAUUUUUAAUAUUUAAUUUUACCAAAUGUCACUAGUUAAUAUUUCUUUAGAAUUUUUAAUUGUAUUUCUAAGGAUUUUUAUUCCGAAUAUCAAUACAAUUUAUUAAAAAUAGAUACUUUUUGAUAUAAAUAUUGUUAACUUGUAUUAUGUGCAUACGUAAGCACAACCACAACCACAUUUUUAUAAUUUUUACAUUUUUACAUUUUUACAUUUUUACAUUUUAACAUUUUUACAAAUUACAAUUUUAUAUUAUUUAGUAUAAUUUGGUAUAUUAUGUCAGUUAGUUAAUAUUAUUUUUAAAUUGAAUAUAUUUACAUUAAAUAAUAUUAAAAAAAUAUUUAUAUAGUAUAAUUAUUUAUUUUUAAAAAUUGUUAUUUCAGUUUAUUUUCUGUGUUGAUUUAAACAUUUAAAUCAGGUUAAAACAAGUUUUUUUUUUAAGCUAUAUAAUUUAUUAGAUCUUAUUGAUACGGUAUUUUUGUUGGUUUUUGAAGAAAAAAAGUUAUAAAGAAAAAAUAAUAAAUUUUUAAUUAAUAUUCUUUAAAUAAUCUUUUGGUAUGAAUAUAAAAUAAUUGACUAAGAAAGUGGUGCUUCAUGAUUCAAAAAUAAGUCUGUAUAUUUUGAAACUUUAUUAGUUUUGAGUUAACAACUUAAUAUUCUUGUGUUCAAUUUAUAAUCAAAUGUUUUCUGCAGGCAACGCCCUUCCUGAAUAUCUAUUGUAUCAAAUCAUUAACCUUUAUAUCCUUAUUGUUUAUAAUUCUGCACUAUAUUAGUAAAAAAUAAUUGAAGAUUAAAAGGAGUGCUACAAAAUUAGAUUCAAUGAACGUUUUUGUAAUGUUAGAAAAAUAAUUGAAACACAAUACUGUUUGUUUUUUUCAAGGAAGGUUAAUAAAAUUAAAUGAAACCUUUUAAAGUCUACUGACAGUAGUGACUAUACUAUAAGACAGACUUGUAUGGUCAUCAUUUAUUACAUAUUAAAAAGUUAUAAGAUAAAAUAUUUUAAGAUAAUAAUUUAUAUAUAUAUAUAUAUAUAUAGUGGGUGCUACUGACUCGUAAAUAUAACGUUCAGUCGUUUAUUAGACUGAUUCAAAAUCAUUCUAUCUGUUCUCUGCUUCGUCUAUAAGGUUCAUUUAGUUAUAAGACUCACUUUGUGUUUGUGCCAAAGUGAGUCUUUUAAGUGUUGUCCACUGUAUAUAAUAUAUCCAUCAAAUAGAAGUACAAAUAAUUACGAAUAUAAACAUUUUAUUUAAAUUAUUAUUGAAAGUAUUUAAUAUGUAGAUAAUUAAAUGUGUUUUUGAAGAUACAUUUUAAAAUUUCCCACUAUUUUAAAAUUGUUUCUAAAAGAUAUAAGUACCCAGGGAGAUACCUAAGCAAAAGUAAGAACUAUAAAUUAAAAUUCGUUUUUGAAUCAUUUUUGUGUAUGAAUUUAAAAUAAUUAUGCACAGUACUGAAUUACCAACAAAUAAUUUUAUAACUAAAAUGGGUUAAAAUAUAAUUUAAGAUUGUGAGAGUAUAGGAUCUAUUGGUUUUACUAUGUGUUUUGUUUUUCUUUCUAUAAACAACUUUUCGAACAGAUAACUUGCUACAAUUCAAAAAUGAUAAGAGAUGUGUUAUGCUAAAUUUUUGAUCUAGUUGAUGCCUUAAAGUAAAGAGGCAAUUUUUUGAUUUUCUAAAGGGUUGUAAAAAUAGGUAGGAAAAAUCGAUAGCAAAAUCUUAGAAAAAAACUGUAAACAAUUAUGGCGCACCGCGGCUCUACUGAUUUCAUUGUUUUUAAUUACGCACUGUUUUCUACCGGAAAUAUUUCUAUAAUUAAGAGACCUUUUGGUUAGAUUUUGAAUCUAGUUCCUGAGCAAGUAAUUUUUUUGAUUUUUUCAGCAAUUUUUAUAAUAAUUGAGAAAAAUCGAAAAAAGACAUAAAUUGAAAACUGAUAAAUUUAUAUUGUUGUUGUAAUACAGGUAAAAAUAUUUGUAAAGACUUUAAACUUUGACAGCCAACUUAUUUGCCUUUUUUAGACGUGGUAAAAUUUUUGAACCAUCUAUAAGCUAUUUUAUGUUAACUAGUUUUUUAUGAUAGCUAUGUAUGUGAAUAUAAUUACCAAACAAAAAUUCUUGACAAUUUAACAGGACCAUUAUUAUUAGUUUAAUCAGUGGUAAAAAAAAAAGUGAGCAUUUUUAUUUUUAAAAUUAUUUUAAGAUCAGAUUUUUAAAAAAAAAAAAAUGUGAAUAUUACGGCAUUACAAAUCAUGUAUAAAUAUACUUAGCUUAGAAUCGUUUUUCGUUAGCAACGGUUCAUUGUUACUUACAAAUAUAAAUAAAAUAACUUUAUGUAUCCUACCUUAUCGGCUACAACAGGGGUGGUGCGCAUAAGCAGUUUCAACUCUUUUGUUUUAUUUUUUUUUCAUGUUAGUUAUAUUAUAAAUUUAAUUUUAAUAUAAUUAUUGUUGAAUUAUUUGUGUUAAUGGUGCAUAAUUUAUUACUACCAAAACAAUUGUAGACCAAGUCUACGAAUUAAAUUUUAUUAAAAUUUUAAUAAUAAUAAAAAAAAAGUGCUAAAUUUACUGGGUUAUUGUCCUUAAUAUAAGUAUCGUAAACUAAAAAUGAACAUUCACAGAUUCAAUGUAAUAACAUUAUUUUUGUUCUUUGUAUGACGAUAACCGUUACUAGUAGGUAGUAAUAUCUAAGGCGCAUUGUGAACCAUUAAAAAAAGAUAAUAAAAGUGCACUCAUCAUCAUGGGAAACAUUAUGGACCAUGGAUAAUAGCAUGUUGUCCGGGUAAAGGGUUUCGUAAUGAUCAUGCUGGAGCUGGAUACUUCUAUGCUGUGGUUUUCCGUUAGAUGUAUAUAGUAAUCUUAAAAAAUAAUAAUAACUUUCGAAAACUCGAGAGUUUAAUUUUUACAGUAAAUUUUUUUUUAUUCUAUUAACUACUUUAACCUUUAAAAAGUACUUGAUAACAAAACAAAUUAUGUCUUAUUAAAAUUAAUAUUCUCAUCUUAAUGACUUGGUUUAUCUGUGAAUUUAAAAAAAUUAUAACUACCUAUAAAAACUACAAAAACACUUGUAUAUCUAUUCUGGUUAACAAACAUGAUAUUUUAGAAAACGCCAUAUUGAUCAUUUUUAAAUCUUUAUUCCCCCCCCCCCUGUUCAGAGGCCGACGGCUUUAUAUUUUAUAAUGGGUGUUGAGGACAAUAGAGUGAAUGUGAUGACCGUUCCGGUUUGGUUUUGAUUGUUCCGCUGUGGCUUCGUGUUUUAUUAUAAUGUUCCAUUAAAACGUAUAUAAGAUGCCACUAUACAAACCCUAAUACAUAUUUUACGCAAAAUUAAAACAUUCAACAGAAUCAUUAAACUGUGAUAACUAACAGGUACCUAGUGAUUAUAAACUAAGGAUUUAAAUGUAGAAACAAGUUAAAAAUACGUGGCCAAUUACAGAAGUAGACUGUUCUAGAAAAUCAGAUCGUGAAACACGGAAUUUAUAGAACUGAGAAAGUAUAAUGAUUUUAAAACUGUUUGCACGCUAACUGAUUGGAUUACAGAUGUCAAACGUUUAAACACUACUUGGUUGCGUGGGAUUUGCACGAUUUAAUCCAGAUCCUUAUUUUAAAUUGGAUUUACAUUUAAAUUGUUGUAAUUGUAGCGCUAAAAUAUAAUAUAAAUUACGUAGAAGAAUUGUUAAUUUGAUUUUACACAAUACAAAAAAGAAAAAAGAUUUUUCUAUUAUUUUUGAUCUUGAAGUUCAAAUAUUACCAUCGUGAUUUCAAAAUUUACCGUUAGCAAAUAUAAAUUUAAAAGACUAUCUAUAUAGGGCAGUUGUUCAACCAAUACAAAAUGAAAAAGUAUGGAGUCAUCUUAAAGAGAAUUGGAAUAACAUUAGGCAAGCGUAUUAUUAACACAUUCACCCAAAUAAAUUAUUGUUAUUUCUUGAAAAAACUUCAACCAUUAUUAUCCAAUUAUCAAACAUUAGAUAGGUAUUUCAAUACUAGUUAAAUUUAUUAAAACUUUUUGUAUAUAAGAUUAUUUAAGUUAACUACUUUUGAAUAUUGAAGAUCUUUAACUGAUCACUGCUGCUACAGUUUUCGAAUGGCCGAUAGACCGUAUCUUAUUUAUGAGAGAUUUGUCAUCCAUCGAUAAUUUGUAAUUUGUUGAUGGGUUGGAAAUGCAAGGAUAGAUCCGGUACCAUGCAUACAUUGUGAAGUAUUUGACCGCAGACCUUGAAUUCUCCAUGUCACAGAAAUCUAACAAUAUAUAAUCUUUAGUUGAAAAAUAUAAGAUUAUUGACGAAUUCUUAACUUAUUAAUCUAAUAAUAACAUUUUCUUUUGUAAAUUUUCCUUUCGUGUAUAUAAUAUUAGAAUUCGAUAAACUAACAAAUUUAAAAAAAAGGUUAACUUAUUAAGACUAUAGAUAAUUAUGAAAUUAUUUCAUUAUAAACUGAUUUAUAUUCCAAAUAUCAAAAUACUUUUCUUUAAAACUGAAAUUCAUGUACAUUUUUAAAUUUGUUUAUAUAAUACUUACAUCAAAUUAAAUUGGAAAAUAUCUAAAUUUAAUCAAAUUACCUAGCUUUGGUGUACUAAAAAUAUGGGUAAUAACUGGACAUUUUAAUCCGGUGAAAAUAAUUUAAUUCAGUACUUUUUGGGAGUUAUUUUAUUUUAAUCCGUUUUGUAAAAAAUCUCUUCACCGAUGAGGUAUUUUAAUCCAUUUUGCCAUGAUGGCGUAUUACCAAACCUUUUUUCUUGCGUCGUAGAAGUACGUUGCUCCCAUUAGCUGGUCUGAGUUAUGUGGUUAAAAUUUGAUUUCUGAUUAACCAAUAUGGAAUAGUUUAUUAAAAUAUCACAGAAUAUUAUAAUUUAUCAAUAUUCGGAUACGCGUAAAACCGCCAAAUUGUACUAUAGCCGAAAAUGUUUGGAGUCGAUUCGUAUUUCAAUCGAACUGUUAUUAAGUCUCAACAUAUAUUAGGCUAUUUGAGUCUAAUAUUUUAUUUAAUAAUUAAACGAAACGUAUUUUAAUCGAAUUAUUUUAGCGGAAACAUAUUGCAGCUAAAUCAUAUUUAAACAACUUUAAGUACCAUGUAUGCCUAAUUGUACCGCUCCAACACGGUACUUAUACAGCUUUCGGCUCGAAAUACGCAGCCAAACGGUUCGGCUAUGAAAUACGGUUAGGACAGUUUAUUGGUGGUUGAAAUAUGGUUAGGCUGUUUUACGAUUUGGUUAAAAUACGAAUUGGCUACAAUACCUGCUAACACCUUUUCGUUUGAAAUACAGUUCAAUAAUUUUAUUUUUAAUUGUUUUACUGUUUCCUCGAUAUUCAUCUUUUCUGGAGUAAUAUUACAGAAGUAGUAUAGUGCCUCUAAAAUAAAAAUCUGAUCAAGAUGUCACCUUAUUACCUAAAUAAUAUGUAGAACAGAUAAUUUGUAUGACAUUUAGGUACCAAAGUAUCAUUUUAUCAUAAUAUAUUUAUAAUUAAAUGAAAAUAAAAUAAUUUUGCUAAAAAUGUAAAUUUAAACAGUUCUCAUUAGUUUAGUAAAGUGGCAAAUGGCCCAAGUGACAUUGAAAUUUCUCUAUGUUUGUAUUAUACUAUUUUUUUCCUUUUAGUACCUACUUAAUAAUAGGUAUAAUAAAUUUCAAUUUAAUUAUUUUACUUGAUAAAUUCAUGAUGAUACAGAAACAAACCACCAUAAACCCGUAUAAUAUUCAAUGUAGUCAAAAACUCCGAUCACAUUACUUAAAUGUUUUCCGAUUCUAUAUUAUGUAGAUACUCCUCGUAUAUUAUACUUCCUUCUCAUAUUGCCAAUUUGACAGUUAUACCGCUUCUUUUAGUGUAUAUUAAACUGUGUAAAUCCGGUGUGGCGUAGACGUAGCCUUUCAAUAUAAGGAAAACAAGGAGAGGGCUCCCAUGAUAUAGGAAGUGUGGUUAGUCUUUUUUCGGUUGGUGGAUCCGCCACAGAGUUAUGGAAGUGUAACGUUGCAUGCAGUCGGUCGACAAUUUACCCGUAACCACGAUACCGCAGCACACUAGGAAAACACAGUGCCCUAUGCCAGCGCAGUCGUUCGUUGUCAGUGUUCCGUGUUUGACGUCUUCCCUUGUCCUGUUCAAGUCUCCAUUAGUAUUUCACCCGAACCAUGGCUACCUAUGCGUCGUACAGGCAUAUUGAGCUGGACAAUAUAGGAUGUGGAAAAAAAAAGUAAUUAACAAAUUAUAACAAAUUCGUUUAAAAUAUUUUACAAUAUAAUUAAAUAAAAUGUAUAGCUACUUAAUUUAAGGUAUUUAACUACUGUUUUUUUUUUUUUUUUUUUUUUUUUUUUUUUUUUUUUUUUUUUUUUUUUUUUUGUUACUUUAGAAGUAAUUAUUUAUACAAAAUAGUUUUAUGACAUUAAAUUAUUUUUGUUCAGUUCUCGGCAUAUUAGAUAUUGUAAUCAAAUAAAAGUAAUGAGUUCAGUUAUUAUUUUUGUUUACAAAAAAAUAUACAUUUAGUGUUUUUGCUUCCAUAGGUGCAAAUAGGAUGAGUUUUGGGACUAACAUCCCCUAAAUCGAUCAUAAUUUAUUUGACAUCGUGUAUUUUCCGAGAAUUUUCUCUUUCACUAAUUAUUAUUUUCUUUUGCCAAAAAUAAACCAAAAUCAUAACUUGCGAACCUUUUUAAAACGAUUUUUGGGCUUGUGUUAUAGACAUGUCAAACAAUAUGUUCCACGUUAAAUUCGAUUGGGUAUGAAAUUUUCAUUCGAAUAUUCAUAUUAUAUAGUCAAAUAGGUAUCGUGUUUAAUUUCGACAAAAAUUGUUUAAUUGCGUUUAUGAAAUUAGUAUAUCAUCUGUAACUUAGAUACUCUAAUUAGUAAUUUUUAUAGCUACUUAUAUUAUUUUCUGAACGAGUCGAUGAAUGUUUUAUUUUUAUUUAUAAUUAUUAAAAUUACGGUGUUAAGUUUUUUGAAGAUUUUUGUGUAAUGGUGGCUAUUUAUGAAUAUACUAAGCUUAAAUAUAAUAAUAUAUAAACCGUUAGCAUUUAAAAAUACUUCAACGGAACGAUAGACACCGUUCUAAAAAUAUUAUAAUAUAUUAUCUUAAUUAAAUGUGUACUUAUGUUUUAAUAUUUGAUACAGAUUGCUUCGAAGAAAGACAAUUAAAUUUUAAUUGUAUAAAACAAUUUGUAUGCUUUGAUGCGUAUUCUAAAAAAUUGAGUUAAAUUCAAAUUAAGUUGUUAAUGUUAAUUACAUUUCGUCUCGCACUUUUAUAAAAAUAAUUUACUAUUAACUUUCGUGAUUUCUGUUAAUUUAUAUAAUAGUUUUAAAUAUAUGUGGAUGCGUGAUUUCGUAUCUAUGGGAAAUGCUGUAUUAAUUUUCCUAUACACAACUCAAAUAACGUCACUUAUCUCAUAUGAUUGAUGGUGUAUCGUUUGUGACUUUAGCGUUUGUGAGAGUUGGGUUUUACCAUCAACCUUAGAUUAUGAUAUUCAAAAGAGUUAUUUCAGUCUUACUAUUUAUUUUAUUAACCAUGAAGUUUUUUUUCUCGUUUAAUUUGCUUCACUUUCUUCGGCCUAGUGAAUGUGAUUAGAAAGAAUAUUAUGUAUUUUUCUUAGGAAAUUGAACUAUUUAGUUUUCCAUCGAACUAUAUAAGAGUAUUAUUACAAUUUUCGUUGUACAAAAUAAAAGAAAACCGUAAUUCACAUUGGUGGGGUUGAUGUACGUAUAUUAUUGUGCAUGCAAAUAAUAAUAAUGCACGGAAAAUAUACAUCAAUUUCAUAAAAGUGAUAACUAUAGGUAGUGGUUUUUUUUAGUGUCUGGUACAGUGUAUACAGAUAUAAAACAUCAAAACGUGUAUCACAUUUUUAUUCGCCGUUUGAAACCAUAUUUAUAUUAUGUUUUGGUGCCUGGCAAUUACCGUAUUCAACUACAAAAUUAAAUGAGUUAUUAUUAUACAUUUCAUGUGUAGGUAUGUGCAUUAUGUUUUGUUCAAAAUUAUUCCCGGGGUAGAAAGGCGUGCUAGUUACGGUAUUGUAACCCAUUUGAAUUUCCUAUGUGCACGGUCCACCGAACUUCAUAGAUGUUCACUGUGUAAAUCACUAAUCGCCAGCAUACCUACAUAUAGCAGCACGUGACUUCCUACAGGAAUAUUUUCAAAUAAAAUAAAAACGAUUCAUUGAGUUUCUGAAAUACACCUAUUUUUUUUUUUUUUCUAAACAAUGUGUAUCUACUUUCAUAGAGGAAAUGUUUGAUCUAUUGUAGGUUGUUGUCAUCCGUUCCACAUGCCACAGCGUGUAUAGCUCACUGCUCUUGUCCCCGGUAUUAACAAUAAUAUUCCGUUUUAUUAUUAUCAUCAUGACUACCCUACGUCGCGUUGUGUGCAAUAGGGUUUAAAAAUAAAUCUUAUAGGGGAAAUACUUUUAUAUUGUUACGUAUUUUAGUAAUAAUCAUAAAUCCAUAACCUUCAGUGCAAAUACAAUUGAUUAGGCAUUAUUGGACGCUUUCGGUUUUCGAACUAUUAUUUUAGUUUAAUGGUAGGUAUCAAAUAUUGGUGGGACUAAUUAUUAUAUUAUCAUUAUCCAUGAGUCGAACACAUAAUAAAAUUGAAAACUGUUAGUUUUAGUUAAUUAAACUCCUUAUUUGUUAGUAUACCCUAACCUCCCCAAUAAUCCGUUAGAAAAUUAAUAAAAUGAAAAAUUGUCUAUAAAUAAUUAUUUUUACUUAAUUACAUUACGUGUGUAUUCGGUAAUUUAGUUUAUAUUUUAACAAUAAAAAAAACUUGUUAUUUUAAGAUUAUGAAACAGGAAUAAUUUUUACAUUUUAAUUUUUCUAGCAUUGGAGAUGAAUAUUAUUUAUAUUAGAUACCAUUGCCGAAUAUUAUACACAUGCACAUAGAUCACGUUCAUAUUAGGUAUAAUUUUCUCAUUCAAUAUCUGUUAUAACACUCAAUUGCUUAAAAAUUUAAAAUAGUUUUAUCGUACGUACAAGCUACACAAUAUACCCAAGUUCUAUACGUCUUUAUAGUAAUGGACUUCAGUGGCAAUCGAGCGUUGACCCUUGUCCGUUAUAAAGUAAAUACAUAACAAAUUACCCCUGCAAUGACGAACGUUUGGCUUUACGAUGUUAAUAUGGGUUUUAAACACGCAUCAAGCAUUAAAAAAAUAUAUAUACAUAUAUAUAAUAUUAUAUUAGCUACCCUAUUACUUGAUAGAUGAACGUGCAAUCUGUUUUCCUUUAAUGAGAUUACCUACACUGUGAUUACAAUUUGUGAAAAGCAAUAAAAUACUAUCAUAUUAUCAAAAGUAUAAUAAAUUAUUUUAAUUAUAAUGUUCGGUCAAUUCUAAUAAAUGAUAAAUAUUAUUUUACCUAUACUUUUGAUUGGGUUUCCUAUAGGAAUAGGAAUACCUAAUAUAAGUAUUUAUAAGUUGAAUGUUUUUAUAAAUAUGGCCAUUAGUUUUCUAUUUAUUAUAUGAAUACAAACCAAGAUUAAAAUCCAUAACCCUUACAUUUGAUUAAAUAAACAUACAUUUUAUAAAAUCAACAAAACAAUUACAAGUUAGAGGUAAUGAGUAAUGGCGCUGUGUUGAUUAUACGUUUAUUGUUGACUAACAUAAUUUAUGUUUUUUUAAAACAAUUUUAUUUUUGUAAUGAUUAUAACAACAUUUAAUGUAAAUCAAUGAUUUUACAAAACGGUAAAUGUUAAAAAAUUAAAUUGAUAAACGAUUAUUCAUUAUAUGUGAGUACGUGACUCAUACAAAUUGAAAUGUGUUUAAUAAUUUAGGGUGAAUCAUAAAAUCCGAGGGUAAAAUGACUGCGUCGAAUCCCAAUUAUAUUUUCGGAAAGAUUUUAUAGGGGUCCAAAGAGUGUGUCAUAUUAUGAUAAAGUUCUUUAAAGAAAUACAAUUAAAAUAUUGGACAUGCGAUAAAUUUUAAACUGCUAUAUUGCAUUUUUAACGUUGACAAUGUCAACGAACGUAAGCAGCCAUCUAGUAGCUGUGUUUAUUAUUCCAUAGUUGUUCAAAACUUGAUGCCAAUGAAUAGAAAACCCUCUAGCUAUAUUCGUAAUCGGAUGUACUCAUUGUAGUGUAAAUAAGCUUCAAGGUAUAUAUUAAAAUUUUUAAUUUGGAUUGUUAAAGAAACGUGCUCGAAAUCAAUGGCUCGUAAAACUUGUAGUAAAUAUAACGGUUGUUAUGAAAUUAAUCUCGAAAACAGCACGGCAUUCAAAAUUAUUAUAAGGUUCAGUCCCCCGCGUCAAAAUCAAAUGAAUUAUACAAUCUCAAAUUACAUUGGUGUAGACAAUUAUUAUUUCAUUUUGAGAAAUACACUAAAACGUGAUUAUUUUUAUCAAUUUAUCGAUUAUUAAUUUUUAAAUUGGAAACAUCUUUAGACUUUAAGUAACAACUCUACGGGGGAGGGGGAGACUUAAACAUGUACGUUACUCAUAAAUGAUUGGUGGUUUAACCAUUACAAUAAUUUAAUUUUCUAUUAAGGCAGUAGGAAAUUAUUAUUAUACAACUUCGUGUACUUCUUUUCGGUGUUUAGUAGGAAAAUAUUUAAAAUUUUUUUCUCAAGUAUGUGUAUAUAUUAAGAAAGAAAAAAAUUUAAACUUAUCAUGUACUUAAACUUAAUUAAUAAACGAUGUUUUCUGAAAAGUAUAGACAAGAAAUCGAAAAAUUGAAAUUGAAUAAACAUUAGUAGAUGUAUUUUAUCCAGCUUUUGAUUUAAAAUGUCAUUUUUGUCUUUAAAAACUGCUAUACCUCUUCUCCUUAAAUGUGUAUCAAGUAGUAUAUGUGUAACUAGGAGGGUGCUAAGGGUUACUCCCGAAAAUACUUAAUAAACUUUUAUCGUCUCAACUAUGUAUUUUAUAUUUAUAUUUCUUACAUAAGCAGAACAAAAUACAGAUAUACAGAUUACCUACAAAAUAUGUAUGUGUAAAAAAAAGUUAAAAAGUUAUGAUACAUUUUUAUAUAAACAAGUUUAGAUGUAUUGUGUAGUUACUUAUUAUAAGUGUUGUGCAAAGAUAAUUGUGGGAACAUUACCCCAUGGACCUGUGAUGUGUCUAUAAUUUUAGCACCUUCAAAAUUGGUGAUCUAGUUAUAUGUUAGGCAAUAGAUUAGUGAAAAAGUUGUCAUUAAAAGGUAUAAAAUAAUUUUCAAAUUUACAAAAUUAUUGAAAAUUUGGAAUGUUUCUAACCCGCUUAAUAAUGUACCCACUUAAAAGUUUUAUUUUAAUUAAAAAAAAAUAAAUAAAUAAAUAAAUUCUUCACAUUUACAGUAUGAAAAAUUAAAUUUUACAUUUACAUUGUGGCUCUACUGAUGGUAUCACUUACUUCAUAGUUCAACCUACACAUAAAAUCCAAGGUAGAUUUCUUUAUGUAGGUAAUACAAAACUCUAGGUGCUCUGCAUAAGUUGUUUCUCUUACCUAAAGAGUCAGUCAAGACAGUCAGUCAGUCAGUGUUAAUUUAGUUACGAACAAAAACAAAAAAAAAAAACUACAUUGUUAAGUGUCUGCUGUGAUUUGAUUCAAAAUGAGUUUAAGGUACUUAUAUUAUUAUAUUAUUGUAUGUAUACAAAUUAUAAAUAAAUAAUUAUUGUGUUCUUUCCUUACGUUUUUUGUUUGUUAGAUAUUUAGUUUAAACAUUUAUAUUAUUUGGAUUAAUAUUUUUAGAGACAAAUAUACAUCAUUAAAAAUAUUCUAUAGUUAUAUUAUACCUAGUUAUAAUUAUAAAUCUAUUUUUUCCAAUAAAAAUUUAUUGUGUAGGAUGAUAGCUACCAGAUAUUCCAAAUAAGGUGAGGUCGUUCAAAUAUCGUUCAGUUUUCUUUGUCCACCUACAUAUUUUAAAUAUGUCAUACUUCCAUUGACCUGUUUUCUUUCAUUGCCAUUUUCUUUUUUUAUAAUUAAAAAAAUAGGUAUUUUAAGUUUUGUAUUUUUAAUAAAUCAAUUCAAUAUGUCUGAAUUACCUAGUAAAGAAAACAAAACACCUCCUGGAGGAGCUUGUCAUGAUCUUUGGGGUGCUGAAUUCUUAGGAUCUCCGUGUCAUAAUAGGCAAGUAAAAGAUUUUAAGAAAAGUUUAGGCCAUUUUUAUUGAAUCAAAUUUUUAAUCUAACAUGAUUUAAUAUCAAAGAUAAUCUCAUCAUAAUUAAUUUACAUCUGGUGAUUGAUACAUUUAAAAUAUUUAAACAUAAUAAAUACUACCUACUUAUUUAGCUUUAUAAUAUUAAGGAUUAAAAUUUACUUCAAACUACUUGUGUAUUUAUGUAUUAUAAUUUAUAAUAAUUAAUAUUUAUUAAUUUAAUAACAUUGUUAAUUAAUAUUAUAUUUUUAUUUCUUAAAUGUUUGUGUGCUCAAAACAGCUCUUGAAGAUUAUAACAAUGACUUCCAUAAGAAUUAUAAUUCUGUUUAAAUGUAUAAAUAUUUGGUAUCUAAUGAAUUUAUUCUAUAAAUAGAAUAACACAAUUUUUCAUAAUGGGUUAUAUUUAAUUAUUAUAUUUAUAUAAUACUAAUUAAGUAUAAAUACUUUAAUUACAUUUUUAAAGUGGUGUGUUAUUGAUUGUGAUUAUACUAGUAGGUAAUAAAUCUAUUUUUCUAUUCAUAGAAUUUAUAAUAUUUGUAUUAAGUUAUGUAACAGCUUUUUAAGCAUUACAGCUAUAUCUACUUAAUUUAAUCCAGUAACAGCAAAGCUCGUAAUUAACAAUAUCAAUUUAAUGUCUAAUAUAGGAUAUGUUUUAUGUCUAAAAUAAUAUUUAUUGUCUGUUGUUAUAUUUCAAAUUAAACCACUGUUCAGGGUUUGUACAUGGAAUUAUAAGUUAUUAUUUAUUUUUCAGGGUCUUGAAACCACCUGGUGGUGGGUCAAGUGACAUAUUUGGUACAGCUUCAACAGAUGAAGUUAACCCACAUAAGCGUGGUACAAAUCAAAAGAACCUUCAAAGUUCCAUUAUCUUGGGUGGUCAAACUCAGAAACAAAAUAACGAUUCAGAUGUUGCAACUAAUGGGAAUUCUGGUAAACCAGGUAAUGUACAUACCUACUAUGUUUUUAUUCAUUCAAAAAAAAAAUAUUGGUAAUUAUUUUACUUAAUUAUUAAUUAUAUAAUAUAAUAUAGUUACUCAAGCUAUUAAUAUUGAACCACAAAUAGUUGUAAAAACAAACAUUCAGGAAAAUAUUUCAUCUGGAACUUUCCAUAAAGGUAAGUUAAAAAAAAUGUGUAUACAUUUGGUGUUGGUGUUUUUUUUCUGUGUAUUCUAUACAUUUUACUUUACUGUUUUUGUGAUAAAUAAUUUGCUUUAUGCUUUUUAAUAUAGAAUCCUUAAAUUAUUCACCUAAAAAUGAUUUCUGCACACAAGUAAUAAAAAAGUAUGACAGUAUUUCCUGACUUACUUCACUUAGAAUAAUUAUUUUCUGUAAAAAUAAUUGUAUUUAAAAUGAAAUUUUGAGAAUAGCUAUUUAAAUUAAAAUUUAAUAAUUUGAUAAUGUUUUUUGUGAAAAGUAGAGAUAAAAUUAUAAUUAUGAAAAUCUUAGUCUUUUAGUCACCAUCUACAAUGUUAAAUUACCUACCCGUGUAGUUGCCGCUUAAUAAUUUUGCCUGGGAAUAACAUAACAUUUGCAAGGAUUAAAACUUACUUUUCUAAUAUAUGAUUCUAUACUUAUGAUAUACAUAUUUUUUUUUUUUCAAGAAAUUUUAUGCUUAAUUACAACUCUCUCAACAUUUGAGCAAAAAUUAAAUACAUCAUUGUAAAAUAGAAGUUACUAUAUUAUAAUUGUGUAUGAAUUAGUUUUUUGACCAUACCUAAUGUUAAAAGUCUAAAUUCUACUAAUUUGUAGAUUUUAAACUGAAUAAAUCUAAUAACUUUUAUUUCAUCAAUGGUCAUCUGUUUAUAGAAAAUUAUUUUAUAAAAGAUUCAAGAAGUGGUCAAUUAAGUAUAUGGCAAAAAGUUUGCAUGCUUGUUGAUUUCUAUAAUCCUGUACACAGACUUAUUUACUAAAUUUCCUUUGUAUGCAUGUUUUAUUUUGAAUAUCAUACAUACCGAAUCCUAGCUUAUGUAUUUUAAUAUUAAAGUAUUUUUAUUUCUCCAUGUUUUAUAAUUAUAUAUUCUGCAUGAUUUUUGCUUGAAGCUAUUAAUUCUGAAUCUGCUACUGCUACUGGGGAAAUUAAUUAUUACAAUAAUCAUCAAAGAUCAUCUUCAAAGAAAAAAGGUUUGUUAUUAUAAUUGUACACUUAAAAGUUAAGAUUAUUUGAAAAUAUUUUCUUUAGUGUUUUUAUUUAAAUAUAACUGUGAGAAAAUGUGUGAAAGUUUUAAAGGUAAUCUUUCACAUCAAGUGUUUCUGUUAAAAUUUCAUUUUUUUUUUUUCAUUUUAUUGUAAUAAAUUUAAAAAACUGUGAAUAAUUUGAUGUAAUUUUUUAAAUUUAUUACAUGCUAAUUUUUUAGAUGGUAAUCCAGUGACUGGGGAAGGUUAUGAAGCUCUUAAGCCAGCCGCUGCUCCAGCUCAGCAUGUUUCUGCUCAAUCAGAACCAGCUCCAGAACAAAAGAAGGCUUCCCGUGUGCCACCGGGUGGAUACAGUUCCGGCUUAUGGUAAUUGUUUGGCAACAGACAUUCGACCAAUUUACAUCGCUUCAUAUUUAAAUUUAUGUAUGGGUGAUGACUUAAUUUCAUCAAUAAAGUACUUAUUUAUGGUAUACCUAUAUGAAAAUGACUUAUUUAAAAAUAAUGUACACAAAGGUAUUACAAUUGUCAUUCUUUGAAAACUCAGCAUUUGUUUUUUUUUUUUGUUCUCAUUAUUUAAUGUGAUCAUAUUGUUUUAAACUUUGUGAAUUAAAUUAUUCCUAAAAACAAAAUAAAACGUCAUUUUUUAUACACAAUACAAUAUUAUUAUUAUUACUAAUUUUAGUAUGAUAUUUUAGACUGUAAUAAAAAACAUUAUCUCUAAGUGCCUUAGAGAAAUUCAUUAAUACUUGUAAGUUUUUUUUUUUUAUAUAUAUACCUACAAUAAAUGUAAUAGAUAGUAUUACUGCAAAACAAUAUUACUGUAUCAGAACAAAUAAUUUUUUAUUGUAUUUUAGUAAUAUAUGAAUACAAUAUUAAAAUAUAACAAUUUACAUAGGAACUUUUAACUUUAACCAAAAUUAAAUUGUGAAAUGACAAAUUAUAUAAAUUUUCGUAUCAGUUAUGUAUUUAAAAAACAUUUAUAUGGUGCAUUAUUUCAAAUAUAAAUAUUAUUGAUUAUUUGUUGCAUUAAUUGUACAACAUGUUUAGUUGUUAAUACUAGUUAUAUUAAAUUUAUUAUUUCAAUUGAUGGUUUUCCUAUCCGUGUAUCAACUAUUGAUUUUUUCCAUAAAUCUAGACAAGAAUGAUGGCGUUUUGAUUUUCGAUACGUGUCACAGGGCAAAUUUUUCAUUUUACAAUAUGUUAACUGUUGAGAAUAUUGCUGUAGCAACGUGUAAUUAUCGCCAGUGGGCGCUGCUAAAAAUUCACACCUCUGUUGUUUUUUAAUACAACAAUAUAUUGAACCUGGAUCGACUUCGAAAUCCAAUCUCAAAUCGAGCAAGUCAAUUUGAGCAAUUUUAGCUAGGAUUCCCGUCACGUAUAGAUCGUCUAUCCAAAAAUAAUUAUCCUGUCGAAUUACCCGCAACAAGCUUGUAACUGAUGUAGAUGUUGCCACGUAAAGCCAACCAGAUAGAAACGGCGGGUACGUAUCGCCGUCAAAUUCUUCUCUGGUCACAUACCACUUGUUGUGUUUUUCCCUAAUCGGUUUUGCAUUAAUCACACAGCCGGCUAAAUCGUAAUCUCGUCUUUCAACGACGUCUUUUAACUUGAACAAAUUGACCGCAAUGUCGUCGUCCAUCUUAACUACGCGAUUGGAUUUCAGACAACGUUCCGCGUACCACUUCAGACCCAUCACAUGUUUGUAAGUCAAAUUCCGAUACGCUUCCUUAAAAUUGCCUUGGACUAUGUCGCCGUGCCGGGACGAUUCUCCGAGCAAUUGCGACUGGAUAUCAGUGCUGUUCGGCAAGCCGGUCAUGAAUACGUAACGGAAGCCUAACGCAUCAAGAACGGUUUGUGGAUAUGACCGCCGGAUAGCCCGACGGAAUUCAAAGUGCCCGACAUAACUAUGAACCAGAAUUGGCGUACAAUUGAAACACGAUUUACAUACGUCGUUAUCGAUGACAUACUUGAAACCAUUGAAAUUAAUCAAAUGCCGAUGCGUAUGAUCGAAAAACGGUUUAGGCCUGACAAACCGAUGGCUGUAGCUGCUAUUAUGGUCCGUAGAGAGUAUAUUGAAAAGGGUUACAAAUAACGUAUUGGCGAAAAGAAAUAUGAGAAUCUCGUUUUUCCAUAACGCAGCCAUCUGGUCGAUGAUAUCAUCGACAUCUGUUCGAUUAACGUGACAUUUAUUCAAGUAUUAUAAUAAUUAACAAUAAUAAUAUGUACAUGAGUACGUAACCUUACCUUAUCUUCUAUAAAUUUUCACUUGGUUAACGUCGGCAUCGCCACCGCGAACUCUGAGAUUUAUUUUUAUCGAAUGGCUAUUUUAUAAUUCCAUAUCCUUGGAUUGAACGUAAACGGGAGUGUUAAUAUUUUCUGCAACAUUAAACAUUCGAAAUUUCGAAGCUACUUUCACUUAGUUAAAGAAUAGAAAACCCCACCUAUACUUGAAAUCGCUGGCAUAACCAUUCUUUGUAGAGGGGACAUGUUUAAAAAAAAAAAUAAGUCUUUAUUUUAAAAUAGAGACGUCAUUGUAAGUUAUCGGUUUGUCGUCUACAAUUUUGGUUUAUGUGUAGGUUUUUAUCGUCGCUUCAAUACAGUCAUAUGACUACAACUGUUAAGAAUGACGUGUCUGCUGAAUUUGCUUAGGUAUCUACCUAACGCGUGUCACAAAUAAUAAAUUGGUG